GAGUCUGACCAGCGAGUCGCUGCACAAGCAUUUUUACAGAAUUCUUCAUAUGGCAACAAUUUUAUCUGUCAAAAGUGUCAAACAACUGUCAAAAUGUUGACAGCUUCUGUUACCAAACAAUAUUGAUAUUUGUGUCACAUUUAUGUGAGUUUUUAUUUGCAAACAUAUGUUUGACCAGCGAGUCGCUGCACAAGCGUUUUUAGAGAAUUCUAUAUAUGGCAAUAAUUUUAGCUGUCAAAAGUGUCAAAAAUAUUGUCAAACGAGUUUACACAUAACCUAGAUUCUCAAAUUCUCAUGUUAGUUCAUUCGUUACGGAAGUUUAUAGUUUAUAUCGUAUUAUAAUGGCUAAACCGAUUAGAAGCAGUGUGAGGAGCAUGUUAUUUAAGAUAAUCUGUAACUAUAAUCAAGUUCGACACGACGAAAAUGAGAGAUUACUAGAAAAGAAGCGAAUAUUGGACGAAAUCAUUCAGGCGACCGCGGGCGUAGAUGACGAAAAUGUUAGAGAAACUAUUCAAAAGCUAGCAAGCGAACUGAAGAAUGUUAUUGAUAAUAACGCAUCAGAAUCAAGUUAUUUAGAGAAAGUGUCUACUAUGACAGGUGCAAGCAUUCGUACACUACGCACAAUUAAAAAAGAGGGUUCUAUUAACCAAGGCCAAUGGAAUACGCCAGGGAAAAAACGACCCCGGCCACCAACUGUGUCAAAUUUAGACAAUUUUGAUGUGUCAGCCAUCCGUAAUAAAAUUAAUGAGUUUUAUUGCGUCAAAAAGCAGGUACCUACUCUAAGAGCCUUACAUGCGGAUUUGAAAGAAUCUAUAGGAUUCUUAGGAUGUUGUGAAACACUGAGGAAAAUACUACACGAGAACGGAUUUGAGUUUAAAAAAAAUAAAGAAGAGCGCUCCAUCCUCAUGGAAAAGUUUGAAAUAUCUGGGUGGAGGCAAAGGUUUCUUAGAGCUAUACAUAAAAAACGGGAAGAAGGAAAAAAUAUUGUGUAUCUUGAUGAGACAUAUGUCCAUCAAAAUUACAGACCGAAGAAGUCAUGGCAAGGGCCUUCAACUUCCGGUUUAGUUGAAAAAAUUUCCUCGGGUAAGCGGCAUAUUAUAGUGCAUGCUGGAUCAGAGCAAGGAUUUGUGCCCAAUGCUUUGCUUGUUUUUAGCACAAAAUCCAAAGCAGCUGACUAUCAUGAUGACAUGAACAGUUCUAAUUUUUUAAAGUGGCUACGAGAAAUGUUAAUCCCAAAUUUGACUGAGCCCAGUGUAAUUGUUAUGGACAAUGCCAGUUACCAUGUAACACAAAUAAAUAAGCCUCCAACCAUGCACAGCUUAAAGGCUGAUAUUCAAAAAUGGCUAAGGGAAAAUAAUAUCCCAUAUGAAGAGUGUUUCAAAAAGGAGGAAUUGAUGUGCCUCGUUGAGGAAAAUAAAAUUGGUCCCAUAUAUGCAGCAGAGGAGUUAUUGAAGCAGCAUGGGCAUGAGGUCCUUAAAUUGCCUCCAUACCAUUGCGAUCUAAACGCUAUUGAGUUGAUAUGGAGCCUCACAAAGCGAAAAAUAGCCAGCAGAAAUGUGGGGCUACCGGGUUCAGAUACGGAAAACUUGAUCCGAGAAUGUUUUGCAAUGAUUACCCCGGAAGAUUGGAAAAAAAGUACAGACCAUGUAAUAAAUGUGGAACGAAAAUACAAGUCUAAGGACAACAUUACAGACACUGAACUAGCUCCAUUCAUAAUAGAAGUUCGGGAAAGUGACAAUGACAGUGAUAGUUCUCUGUCAGGAAUUGAAUUUCUUGAAUCCGAUUUCGAUUAUGAUUCUUAA